AUGGUCAUCGAACCCUUUGCUGCUUCCUGUUCGAAUGUUGGUGUGUACCGGGAAGGGCCGGGAGACAGUGCCGCUGUGAAUUGGGCGUACUCUAAUGGAAUUGUGAACGGCUCUAUCACUAUACCAACGGAGUACUCAGGUCAGGACUCCACCACUUAUAUUUAUCCCGGCACACAAAUCCCACAGAACGAGACCGAGUACAGCUGCGGUGCUCGGUGCAUGCGGAUGUGGGCGUUGAUUUCAGAGAGCACUUUGCCCGAUGAUCAAGGCCAAGCAAUGGCGUUGAUUCGGUGCCCGAUUACCGUUAGCUCCGUCACCAAUGUAACACACGAUUACCGGAUAAUUUCGGAUGGAAUGGCGAAACUGGCUGCCUCGGCAAUUGGAUUACAGAGGAAAUCCGCUAAUCCACCUCAGGAUAAUGGAACGACAACAUGGAGGCAAUAUCGAUUCUAUCCCUGGGGAUCCGCCUGGGAAAUCCAUAACCUCGAAACCGACCAAGUAGGCGCUAACAUGGCCUAUUUCGCGCUGGCUUCCCUCGCCUGGAUGGUAAUUACGGACCCAAGGUUGGUGUUGAGGGUCUCGUGCCUAUCCUAG